AUCCACCAUGGACCUUUCAUCGCAUCGGAAUAGCGGGCAUCAGGUGACCAGCGGCGACGGAAGCGGCGGAAGCGGAGGUCCCGGAUCGGCGUCCAACGGCAUGAUGAGUCCGCACGGAUUCUUUGCCGGACUUGCCGGACACAUGGGCUCGCCGCAUCAGCAUCACGGCCACCACCAGCAGCAUCACGGCCAGCAGCACCAUCCUGGACAUCACCACCACCAUCACGGAGGAAUUCCACCGACGGCGGCCGCUGCCGCCGCCGCUAUGCUCCUCCGGGCUUCCGAGCGCUACCAGCGGACGCCCAAGUGCGCCCGCUGCCGCAAUCACGGCGUCGUCUCGGCUCUGAAGGGACACAAGCGCUACUGCCGCUGGCGGGAUUGUGCCUGCGCCAAGUGCACGCUCAUAGCCGAACGACAGCGCGUCAUGGCCGCCCAGGUGGCUCUCCGGAGACAACAGGCUCAGGAGGAAAACGAGGCUCGAGAACUGGGACUGCUCUACACUGUCCCAUCCAGCGGGAUGAAUAACAUGGGCCAGCAAGCCGGACCGCAAGGCCCGGCCGGUCAAGAUUCUCCGACCCGUUCGAUGAGCGACAGGAGCGGCAGCGGCGGCGGGAGGAAAUCGGCCAACAGGACGGAAUCCGGAUGCGAUUCUUCGGCCAACAACGGUUACGACAACAGCGUCAAUAAGAGACUCAACUAUUCGGGCCGCGAGGCCAGCCAGCAUCCGCCCGGCCCUUUGCCGCCAAUCUGCCCGACCGGAAGCGAACGCGACGAAUCGUCGCAUCAGCAUUAUCACCCAUACAUGAACCGCAAGGGCGACGGACUGCUCAGCACGGCCGAGCCCCUCUCUCCACCCAACAACCGGGCCUCCAAGAUGAGCAACAACAGCCUGUCGCCAAAGAGUCCGCAGCUGAUGGAUUCCGAUUCCGACGACGUCGGAGAUUCCGACCACAAUAGCCAUCCAACAGACGAGCCGGAACUGCUGAUGCCAUCCGAUAGGACAAAGUUCGAGCUGGCGGAUGUCGACGACAACGGGUCGGCCUUGGAGGCGGCCAGCGGUGGCGGAAGUGAGCCGGAAGCCGCCAGCAAGAGAGUGCCGCUGGAUACUUUGGCCAGACUCUUCCCGCAGACCAAACGGGCCACACUCAAAUCGACGCUGGACAGGUGCGACGGAGACGUCCUCAGAGCCAUCGAGCAGCUCGUCUACCACAACAACAAUCCGCAACCGGAAGGCAACAACGGAGGCACCGUCAACGCCAACGAGGCCAAUUUGGAAGGAGCUCAUCCAGCGUCCGGAAACAGCACCCAGCACAAGCGCAAAUCUUCGGAGCACUCGUCUUCCGGCACCCGGGAGAAGCACGUCCCGCGCUACAAUCAUCACCACCACCACCACCAACAUCAUCCGCAUCCGCAAGCGGCGGCGGAGGCCUCCCUCCAGUGGAAGAAUUGCCUCUCAGCCGUCGGCAACGCUUUCCCCAACGCCGGAAGCCUGGGCGGAGGAUCGUCUUCCCGCCCGCCCAUCUUCCCACUCCAGCCGGGAUACUUCCCAGCGGCUUUCGGCUACGGAGCGGCGUCCAGCUUCUUGGCCGGAAGCUUCCUCCGCCCGGAUUACCCCGUCUUCCCCGGGAUGAACCUCCUGGCGGCCGCCGGCGGAUCGUCUCAAGGCGGAUCGCUGGAACCCAUCAGCCCGGCGGCUUACGCGGCCUAUCACCAGCAGACGCCCAACGUCGUCCUCCAUCACUCCAGUCCCGGAAGCGCCAACGGCAGUGCGGGUGGAGUCGUGAAACAGGAGAGCGACCUGGGCGUCAUCAUGUCAGAGAACCAGAGCAGUUCGCCAAGAUCCGACCGGAGCGAACGCUCUCCUUAUUCCGAUUGAAAUGAUUAGAUAACUGUUUUUAAAAUAAUAAUAAUAAUAAUAAUUUGCGAUCUAUACGUUAUUAUGUCAUAAUUUGCGUUUCGGGGAAGAUUAUGUAAUAAAAGGUUAAGUUAUAAAAGGUAAAACGAUUAGUUAGUGGACAAUUCGUUCACUUGCGUCACUCUAAAAGUGCGGCACAUGCGCAUAGUUAAUAAUAUAUCAUUCCUACAGCUAGGCUGUGUACUAUUAAACUGAUGUUGUUAUUGACUCAGUAUUAUCUACUAUAUCGACAUUUCAUUGUAAUCCCAGUGUAUCCUUUUCCUUGCAACUCGAAAUACUUUUGCGUGUUUUUUCAUCAUCGGUGUUUUAUUCUUUUUUGAGCGUUGCCACGUACUUUGAAAAAUAUUCCGCCAUGGUUGUUAUGUCCCACUAUUGCAUAUUGAUGGUUUUUCACGUGUUUUUAUUAAUUUUUUUAAAUGUUGUAAAAAACAAAAAGAAAAGGGAAAAACAAAAAGAAAUUUUGGCUUGAACGUUGCUGUUAUUGCAUUUAGUCGUCUUAAAUAGAUUUCGAGAAGGAUAUAAAGCGCCAAUGAAUUCUGGAUGUUUUCGCCCGGUUAUAUUCACACAUCUACUCCACCACACCGUAUCAUAUUCACAUGACACAAACAAACCAUUUCACCAAUCUGUGACGAGAGCUGUCCAAAUGUUGUCAUUUUCCAAAAUUCCUCAUUGAUAUUAUUCAUUUAGUGCUGAGUGUCUCUCUCCUCCUCUUAUAUCAUACUCUUCAAUGUGUAAUGUGUUAUAUGUAUAAAUGAAUGGGUUGCUGCUGCCUGUCCGAGACUUACAAAAAAGUAAAAGAGAAAAAUCAUUACACUGUGGGAGCGUGUGUCACACAGACGUCAGAGGCAGCCGCCCCUGGUUGGGCUCGAUCGCGUGUGACCAUCAAACCCCCCCCUCGUCUAUAUAUUCCAGUUUCCUUUUCUUUUCUGUGUGUGUGUGUGUAUAGCCAACACAUCGCCAGUCCGCAUAGAUAUAUAAUCUCUCUAACCCCUCUGCCAACCUCUCUUUGUAUCUGUCACCCGUGACAUAUCUACUUGUAAAUGCAAGUAUAUGCAAAGUGAAAACCUUUGCAAAUGCUAAUUGACCGACGGAGGAGGACCACGUCUACGGUACACGUAUAUACAUCUCCCCACGUCCACUUUAUUCACAAACCACCCACAAAUAGACCACAGCCGAAUAAGGCGCGGUGGGUGGGCAAAAUAAUGUUUGACUUUUGACUUUUGAAAUUUUCCACAGGCCAAAAAAGAAAUUAAAAAAAGAAAUUUAAUACAGCCUCAGAUAUAUAUUAAUAUAGUUGGAAGAACUAGCAAAUUGAAGAAAAAAACACCCACGCUUAGAUACACACUGUGUGUAAAAUAUGUCAUAUCUGUUAUCUCCAUUUUUGAUAUGAUUGUGUACACAUCGUUUUCUGCAGUU